UCUGAUGAAGGAACCAGUGGAGAGCAUUAGAGGAUGGGGUCUAGGAAGACGCUUGGAGAGGGGCCGCAGACUUCCCUUGGCUCUGGCUCUAGCCUCUCCUCUGAGAGCACCCUUAUCUGCCUCUAGGGGAUUUGAAGCCAGCUGAGAUUUUUCCAGCCCCUUUUGGCUUCUGAAAAAGGCAGUGUUUCCCUAGAAGCCCCCAGGCCCAUCUGGUCACCUGGUAGUUGUUGACCACCAGCUGAUGCCUGGGCUCCUUUUAAAAUGGGGUUUCGGUGGAAUGGGACGGGGCCAAGGGUGAUUGAUGGCUGCUAGGGUCAGGGAAACAUUUAAACUCCUGCUCAGCCUCCAGGCAGCUCCGGGCUGCUGGCUCACCUCUUGCCCACACCCUGCAGACCCAACCAUCACACCCCUGCAACUUUGCGGCAGCACCCGGAUAAGACAGAAGCUUGGGCUAAGUAGGCGGGCUCAUAAGUAGCCCUGGGCGCAGAGCGCCUUGCAGUGAGUGCUCUGUGUAGAUUUUCCCAGGGCGCAGAACCCUUCCCCCCUUUCUGACAGACUGAGGGACCUGCCCUCAAGUCACACAGCUGGGAGGCCGGAUGCAGUCCUAGUCUGCCUUCUUCCCUCCGCUAGCACUGUGGGGUUCCAUUUCCUUCCGGGCUGUUGUGCCGUGCAGCUCCCGCACUAGCAGGUUUCAAGCUGCAGCAGGAACGCAGCGGGCACGAGCAGCCGGGGGGUGGUGACCCCACGCAGCCAGCCCUCGAGCGUCCUCGAGUGGGGACGGGCUCCUCUAAGGGCACACUGGAUUGGGGUCCUUCUGCAGCCAGGGUUGGGGACGUGAUGGACGGGGAAGGGAGUCCCGGGACUGAAGCUGCCCGGGUCAGCGCCCUCCACCUGCGUGUCGCGCUCCGCCCUGGCCCGCCCCUCCGAGGGGAGUGUCCCGGGGCCUCGCCCAACUGGGCGGGGAACGGCGGGCUGAGACGCUCCAGCGCAACUGGGGACUUGGGGACGCCCGGGAUCGCUUAGGUGCUGCAGCGGUUGCCACAUCUAGUUGGGAACGCGCCAUGCUGAGCCGGCGCCGCGUCUUUGCGGUGGAGCGACUUGGUAGCCGGGAUGGGGCCUUCGAGGACCUGGCACAAGGUUGUGUGGUGCCAGGAGUCACCUGCACCUACAGACGGAUACCAGAUAAAACUCAUGGAUGUUCACUGGACUUCAGGGAGGGGCAGAUGCCCCUUCUGAAAUUGGCUUCCCAGGACUCCGGCAUGGAGAUGGUGGUUGGGGACAGCCCUUUGGCUACCGUAUCAGGACUUUCUCAAGAUUCUUUGAACCUCGAGCCCAUGGGGAGCCCUGAGCUGCCUUCUGCCCAGCUAGACCGGCUGCUGGCCCGGCAGAAGCUGGAACAGGUGCUGGAGAGGUCUCGAGAGUUUCCCAGCUUGUCUGGACAGCGGCGGCGGCGGCGGAGGCGCAGCUCUCUGCAGCUGCUGAGCAAGCCUGUAGGUGGAGUGCCCAUCUUUGCAGGGGAACUGGAGUCCACUGAGGCAGACACUGAGCUAGACGCUGGUCUGGAAGUUGCAAAGGUGGUGGGCGAUAUGGAGUCUGGAGCGUUGACCUGCCUUCCAGGGCAGGGUUUACGUUACCUGGAACACCUGUGCCUUGUGCUGGAGCAGAUGGCGAGGCUCCAGCAGCUGUACCUGCAGCUGCAGACCCAGAGACCCUCGAGGGAUCCCGAGGAGGAAGAAUUGGCUCUCUCAUCUUCACACACCCCAGACAAUGGAGUGGAAGGGCACAGAGAACAGCUAAGCUGGACAGGGGACCCAGGUGCAGAGGCAGCUUCCCUCUCAGAGGUGGGGGUGCUCACUGCCAACCCUCCCAGGCUGCCAGAGGCCUUGCUGGAAUCAACCCACAUCCGUCCGUCCUCCCAGGGACACAAGCAGGAUCUCUCCCACUGGGACAAAGUCAAGGUCCUGCUCAAUCGGAUCCGUUGGAGGAGCCCUCGGCUCCCUGAGCCUCCUGCUCCUCCUGAUCGUUCUGGUCCCAGGAUGGCGUUCAGGAACCUUUCUGAAAGGACUCAGUGCCACACCCACCGGAAGACCUUUAUUCCAACGCUGGUGGUUAAGAAACCACGCACAAAAAACCUUUCUGUGUGACCUCUUGGUGUGCCUGGUGACCUUGGGUGGAGGGGAUUGCCAUGGAGUCCCUCACCUUUUGGCUUAACUGUGGUGUCCCUGCACUGCCAGGAAAAGCUCUUUGUGUUUGCUCCUCUUCAAGCCGAGUCCUUCCCUAAGCAGCGUGGCCAAGGAGCCCUGGUUCCCUGAGAGACCCUCAAGUGCAGUUCCCACCAUCUUCCAGGGUUCCUCUUCCUUGCCAGAAAUCUCUGGGCCCAGACAAUGUGAACUGACUUAGUUAUCAGGCACCCACAGAGCGUGGUUAGUAUGGCAAUGUGCCAGCAUGUUGCAGAUGUAUGUUUCUGCGGUCUCUGUUGGACUAUCAGCGGCCCGGAUUCAAUCAUCUGACAGAAUCAUGCAUCCAAAGGGUUGGUGCUUUGGGUGUAACUGUGGAAGGACAGCACUGAUCUUCAUUCCACAACGGACAGUUACUAAUGUGGAUUCCUAAUUUCUUCCUCAUACCUGAGACAGCAGCCCUGGGACAGAGAACAAUACUGCCUUGGGUAACUCUGCAUUGAGUCAUGGCCCUGGAGCACAGCCUGAGGACUGAACGAGCAAUGGGGGGAAGACCAAGCACAAUGUGAAGACUAGCAAAUAACUCUCAAGGUCAAUUCUCAGUUGCUGUGUUCUAUCCUGGAGUUGAGACCAUGGCAGCAUCUCUGAAUUUGUGAGCCACAGCUCCCUACUUGGGAUGGCGCCAGCCUUACCUACCUCGGAAGCUUGUUAGGAGGAUAAAGUAACAUUAAACUCUCUCACUGUG